GCUUGGCUACAGCAUGGCAUGAUGGAGCGCGGAGUAUUAAGGCGUUAAGUCCGUAUCUCAAGGCAUCCGUGGAAGCCUAUGGAUUGCUUGAAAGAGGCAGUGCUCAUCGUGGGACGACUCACAUUUUGUAUCAUGUAUCGCACUUGUCUUAAUCCGAACGAUGGUACGAAACAAGUAUAAUAAAGGAAGCCUGCAGUGCUCAGCCUGGUACCGCUUAGUCACAGUGUCUAGUCUGUACUCUCACUCUCGCUCUCACGCGUAUAAAUCCAAUUUCCAAUUUCAACGCCGUCAAUUGUGUAGUCAUAUAUGUCAAGGAUGAUUAGCCCUCGACUCCGGGUGGCGGCAUGUAUGACGGAAAGAGGUUGCUUGACCUGUCUCACAAUGGACUUAGUCCCUUCCCUGAUUUUUGGCACGUAAAUGUGUUCGUUCGAGAGGUCGGAGACCUCGUCGAUGCCCAGGUAGUCGACAUUCUAGUGGUCAUUCAAGGCUCGAAUAACUACGAGAUUCAUAUCAGUCUGUCUCGUGAUGAUUUCAACAUGCCACACUUCGACGGCUUUCCUUUGGCCGUCCAAGUCCCCGAGGCGGAAUUUGAGGUUGCUCACACUGGAGCUGGUCGCACUCCGCCCAGAGAUAUUACUGGGCGUCGGCUAUUCAUAUUCGAAAGGGCGGAAGGAGAGAGUAAUAUGUGGGAGGACCUGGGCCUCGAAGAAAAGGCCCGUCUUCUCUCUCAAGGGGCACAAAUCCGUGCAGCGCUAUUCAUGUUUGAUCCUCCAUCUGGUUUCACUACCCAAUGGCUCCCUGAGCCUCUUUUGUGCAGAAGCCAAACCACUAUUGGUGACUUAGGCCCCAUGAUUGGAAGGGAGGACGACAACACUGUCGUCGGCCCCAUUGCCUCAGCGGCGAAGCAGUCUCUCGCAAACAAUCGGCGUUAUAUCACUUCGUUGUAUGACUGGGUGGCUGGGUGCAUAAUUCCAGCAAUCUUGUUGAAUCCAGAAAUGGCCGUUGCCGUUGGCUUUUCGACGGACUUUGGCUUGGUGGACGAAAACGGUACCACUUCUAUCACGCGAGUACCCAAGAUUCUCUUUGACGAAGUCCCUGAUUACGAAUAUGUCAUCAACGCUGGAAAAGACGCAUGUCAUUUGUGGUUUGCUUUGAGAGACUGGCGAGGUAGGGAUCUAGAGGGAUAUUUUGGAAACAUUGGGCCCUGGGCCGAAAGAAGGGUCAAUGAAAUUACCGGAUAA